AUGAUAAGUAAUCCUUCGAGUAGCUCGAGUGACCGCCUUGUGCGAAGCGAACCCCUCCGUCCAGUAAAAGAUCCUGGAACAAAAAAGCGUAAAAUAUUGUGGAAGUUCUGUCGUUCCGUUGGACGAGAUACCCGAAAUGAUGUCAAGUGGUAUAUGAAUCAAAUGAGUGCUGGGACGGAAGACGGUGGAUCAAAUGAGUCCAUCGGACAAGAGAUAGAUAUUCUGAGUAUGGGAAGUUGCCAGUCGGCAGCGAUGAUGCUUCACAAAGGCACCAAAGAUUCAGAGGAUAUCCCAUCAACAGAAGUGUUCUACCGUGACGCUGGAAUUAUUAUUCGAAGCGUACCAAGACCUCUUCCUCCACCUCAAUCCUUCCAAAGUAUGGAUUCCGGAGUAAUUGCCAACGUUACUAGUCAUAUUUUUCCCACACCAUCCACAAGCCUUUCUGAAUUCGUUGCCUCAUCUCGUAUGGCGAGAGAAUCUGUGGAUCUUCAAACUUCAGUAUACAAAGAAAAUCAAGAGCAGCGGUCCUCUUUACUGUCUUCGGCUGACUUGACAUUUGGUCAACGGGAAAGCAUUUUGAAGGAAACUGGAGAAAUGAAGUCAGCUAAUGUUUUGUCAUUAAAGUCAUUAAUUGAGCAACUGCAAACAUCUAGCCCCAAAGAGACAUCUUCGAAACCCAGCUUAUCACCCCCACUUAUCAAACUACCUCUCAUGCCCAAAGCAGAGAAACCGACAAAGAAAACGUCGAAAAGAUCUCUCAGAGGGGCCAGAAAGACUGCUGUGAAAGACAAGAUACCCACUGAUAAGCAAGGGUCAAUUAGUCAGCCGAAAACAAUAACUAUGAAUGAGCAACCACAAGUAAAUCAGUUGCAUCGAGCAGUAAUGUUGGCAAACGAUCUUGUGAAGAGACGGGAAAAAAAAUCCCUUAAGAAAAAUGUGAAUCUAGAAAAAGAAUCCGAAAUGGAUCCUUUAAAUUCAACUCACUUAGGUGAUACCGUGAAACGUACGAGUGCAACGAUUAAUCCAGAAAAAUCUCGUCCAUUAAAACUAUUAGGGCUUGAUCUCCAAAAGGUAACACCGGAUGUCUUAGAUAAAAGAGUUGGGCCAGGAAGCAAAAUCCAAGAACCGCUAGAACAAGACAGAGAGAAUACGAUGAACGGGCGGAUUGCACUAGACCACAGCGGUGAAAAAUCAACCUUAAAGAAAAUUAUGCGAGAAAUCGCACCGGAAAUGCAACUAACCGAGCCCAAACAGAAAGCGGUAUCACCGAAGGCUCCAAGUGGCCUACACUCGAGAACAAAAGAUAGAGAGCGGAUACCUGGAACAAAAUGCAAUAUUCCAAAACUAUCAGCACACCUGGAGACAGAGGGAUAUCAACCGACAGAACAACAAAACGUAGCACUUGCAGAAAAUGGAAUUGAUGACCCAAGAAAAAAUGUGGCGGAGACGAAGGAACCUGUGAUCGAGGCAGAGUCUUCGAAACCGUCAUCUGAGCCGAAAGUUCCUCUGGAAACGGUGGAAGUCAAGAAAAAGGAUGGAGAUGAUGUUAGAGUGAAAGAGGUUGAGAAAAUCGGUAAAGCGCUGAAAACCGAUGGCCAACCAGUUGGUUCGGCAACACAGACGACGGGUGAACCGAAACAACCCGUGAUUGAACGCGAGUCGAGAACUCCUCUACCUAGUGCACAAACGGAAGAUGUGAACAAACAAAUACCGAUCGCAUCUCCGUCCGUGACAAACGUGACGGAGAAAGACAAGCCGAUGACCCAACCUGCUCAAUCUGCUCCAGCUGCUACAAGUGUAGAGCCUUCGACCACAUCAGAGGCACGUCUGUUAAAGGGAUUGCGGAAGUUGAAGGGAAGAGGGGGCAUACGAAUGAUCGUAGCCGUGGCCAGACAUCUUUCAGAAUUUCUGGUACUGCGACAAAAGGAAGGAGGGAACUCCAUUUGA